AUGGAUACGGGGGGAAAUUCUCUCCCAUCUGGGUCUGAUGCAGUCAAGAGAAAGGUUUGCUAUUUCUACGACCCAGAGGUGGGAAAUUACUACUAUGGUCAAGGUCACCCCAUGAAGCCCCAUCGUAUUCGCAUGACUCAUGCUCUUCUCGCCCACUAUGGAUUGCUUCAGCAUAUGCAAGUCCUCAAGCCCUUUCCUGCCCGCGAUAGGGAUCUCUGUCGCUUCCAUGCCGAUGAUUAUGUAUCUUUCCUAAAGAGCAUUACCCCUGAAACACAACAAGAUCAGCUUCGUCAACUUAAGAGAUUCAAUGUUGGGGAAGAUUGCCCAGUCUUUGAUGGUCUCUUUUCAUUUUGCCAAACCUACGCCGGUGGAUCUGUUGGUGGGGCUGUCAAGUUGAACCAUGGCCUGUGUGACAUUGCUGUCAAUUGGGCGGGUGGCCUUCAUCAUGCCAAGAAGUGCGAGGCUUCUGGUUUCUGCUAUGUCAACGAUAUUGUCCUUGCUAUCUUGGAGCUUCUUAAAACGCAUGAGCGAGUUCUCUAUGUGGACAUUGACAUCCAUCAUGGUGAUGGGGUAGAGGAGGCCUUUUACACAACCGAUAGGGUCAUGACUGUUUCAUUUCACAAGUUUGGGGAUUAUUUUCCUGGUACAGGAGACAUACGUGACAUUGGAUACGGGAAAGGAAAAUACUAUUCGCUUAAUGUGCCAUUAGAUGAUGGAAUUGAUGAUGAGAGCUAUCAUUUUUUGUUUAAACCCUUAAUUGGAAAAGUAAUGGAAGUCUUUAAGCCUGGUGCUGUGGUUCUCCAAUGUGGGGCAGACUCGUUAUCUGGGGAUCGUCUAGGGUGCUUUAAUCUCUCCAUUAAGGGCCACGCGGAGUGUGUUAAAUUUAUGAGAUCCUUCAAUGUCCCAUUGUUGCUGCUUGGUGGAGGUGGCUAUACAAUUAGGAAUGUUGCACGAUGCUGGUGCUAUGAGACAGGGGUUGCACUUGGGAUCGAAGUUGAUGACAAAAUGCCACAGCACGAGUAUUUUGAGUACUUUGGGCCAGACUACACUCUUCACGUUGCUCCUAGUAACAUGGAGAAUAAAAAUUCUCGUCAGUUACUUGAGGAGAUAAAGUGUAGACUUCUUGAUUAUCUCACAAAGCUUCAACAUGCCCCAAGUGUUCAGUUUCAGGAGAGACCCCCUGAUACUGAGAUCCCAGAAGCAGAUGAAGAUCAGGAUGAUGGUGAUGAGAGAUGGGAAGAUUUCAACAUGGAUGUUGAUGAUGAUCGCAAGCUUCUGUCCGGCAGGGUUAAGAGAGAAGCAGUUGAAGCUGAGCCAAAGGAGUUGGAGGGCCAGAGAGGAGCUGCUGAGCAUGCUAGAGGUUCAGAGGCAAUGGCCGAUGAAACUGCAAGUGCGAAGCCUCUAAAUACAGUUCCGAUGCAAAUGGACGAAGUGAACGUGAAAGUUGAGCAGGAGAACGUGAAGCCAUCAGAUCAACCUUACCCCAAACCCUAA